AUGCCACGGUUUUUGUACUGCGUUCUCAAGUAUUUUUCCGUUGUCAUCUUCUUGGUCUCGUGUAGUGCUGAAGGACAAGUGGAUUGGAAGGUGAAACCACAAUCUCCGGCAUUGAGAGCAAGCGUGGAAGCCGUCAAAUCGAAGGAGUUUCCCAAUGCCAAGUCUUCGCUCCGAGACAGUGACCUGAUCCUAGAGAAGAUCAAAGCGCUGGAGAGCACCAUUUCUCAGCUGCAAAAGAACAUCUCCACCAGCAACAGCAUUCCAGCUUUCCAGUCGGGCGAUGUCUCAUGGAUUCUCACCUCCUCCGCCUUGGUCUUCAUGAUGACGAUUCCCGGCCUCGCCAUGUUCUACGGAGGCUUAGUUCGCGUUCAGAAUGUCCUUUCGACCGUGAUGCAAAGCUUCAGCAUUGCGUGCCUGAUAACGAUCCUGUGGGUUCUCUUUGGAUACAGCCUUGCUUUUGACACUGGAGGGAAAGUUUUUGGAAGCCACCAGAAGUUUUGGCUGCAAAAGGUGAAGCUAACGGGGUUCCAUCCCCUCUUCCCGUCUAUCCCCGAGCCUCUCUUCGUAGUCUACUCGCUCACCUUUGCGAUCAUCACCCCGGCGCUCAUAAGCGGAGCAUUUGCAGACAGAAUGAGGUUCGGGCCAAUGCUCGUCUUCAUCGGACUGUGGCACCUGCUGGUCUACUGUCCUAUCGCACACUCUACCUGGAUGACGGAUGGCUUCUUGCACAGUGCAGGCGUCAUGGACUUUGCAGGAGGGAAUGUGGUACACGUGGCUGCCGGGUGUGCAGGGCUGAUGUCUAGCAUUGUGGUGGGGAAACGAGCAGGGUACGGCAGGGAGGUGUUUAGCCACCACAACAUAUUGAUCUCAGUGUUGGGGGCGUCGCUGCUCUGGGUGGGAUGGUGCGGAUUCAACGGAGGAUCGGCGUUGGGCGAACGAUACCCCGGGCAACCUACCGGAGUUACCAGCGGACUGGCAGCAACGUCUGUCUUGAACACAAACCUGGCGGCAGCUACGGCAUCACUCACGUGGAUGUGCACAGAGUGGAUGAUCCGCAAGCGACCGAGUGUCUUGGGCAUCAUCAGCGGCAUGUUCUCUGGCUUGGUGACCAUCACAGCCGGAGCAGGCUACGUCAAUGUCACGGGCGCGUUCUGCAUGGGUUUUCUAGCUGGGCCCGUCUGCUACUUUGCGGCUCAGCUGAAACAUCGCUUCGGCUAUGACGAUGCGCUCGACGCCUUCGGCAUCCAUGCGCCUGGAGGAGCCUUGGGAGGAAUCUUGACCGGCUUCUUCGCGACUGAGGAGAUCACCGGGAAGGGAUCUGGCAAGAACGGGGCCUUCUACGGGAACCCGAAGCAGAUCUACCUGCAGAUGUACGGAGUCGCCUUUUCUGCCAUCUGGUCCCUCAUUGUCUCCUACAUCCUCCUCAAGCUGGUCGACAUGACGCUCGGGCUGCGAGUUGCCAUUGAAGACGAGCUGAGCGGCCUCGACAUGGUCUGCCAUGGCGAGAGCUUGGUUCCCUUCCACCUCGACCCUGACGGAAACAUAAACCGCUCGUCCUUGGAGCUGCCUCGCUCCUGCUCCCUGGAAGCGGAUGUGGAAAGCUCACCGAGCAAGGGAGAGGGCAAUGGUUUCAUCUGA